GUUACUUACUCUGUGACAAGAUCACGUCUGUAAUACGGAACAUUCUGGUGAACGCAGCGUUUCUAUAAAUACGAGCAAUGUCGUGAUUGUGUUCGUUAUUGCUUCAAAUCCUUUUAUCGCAAGCAUUGGCAACAUGAUUCAGAUAUUGAUUUUUGCAUUUAUCGUUAAUGGAGUUUUGAGUAUAAUAGUCACUGACUCACCACCAAGGAGCACCGAGUACAACUACUGGUACGACAUAGUAGAUCCUUCCACUGGUGAUGCAAAAAGUCUUUACGAAAUUAAACAAGGAGAUGUUGUUAAAGGAUCAUAUUCAGUCUUAGAACCUGAUGGAACAAAAAGAACCGUUGAUUACACCGCUGAUUCGAAAAAUGGCUUCAAAGCGAUUGUUCGUAAUGAACCUGUCACCCAGAACGAUCUUAAUAAACCUCAUAUCAACUACGAUCCAAGCAAUGUACAUGAUUCUGAAGGAAAUGUUUAUGUUUACCCUCUUCCAUACUUAAAAAGGGUGCCGCAACCAAACUUUUCUUUGGACAAUUUUGUUAAUAAUAAUGAAGCAAAAUAUUUUACUUCUGGCAAUGACACGUCUUCUGAAAGUCUUAAUUUCAAUAAUGGAGUAUAUUUCAGACCUAAUUAUAAUACGCGUUAUUAACUUCCAGAUAAUCGUAUUAUGUUAAAUUCUAUUUAAUUUAAGAGUAGUAUGAUCAAUGUUAUUGUGAUAUUAUUUAAAAUAUAUUAAUAUUUUCAAGGU